AUGCAAGAUGUUCAUAUAGAGGAGAAAGACGUUAAGCCGCUCUGUUGGAACCUUGCUUUCAUGGUCAUUUCUACCAGCUUGAAGCCCGCCUUACGCCCAACACCGGUCAUGCUGGAGCCAUCCAUUGCGCCAACCUCCGCCAACAUGGCCAGUGGUAUUGGUGAAGCACAAAAAGCUCAGGGCGAUACGAGCACCGAGGAGGAUGUUCAAUGCCGCAGGUGGACAGGCUGGAGGUUGGUGUACACGCAAGAGGAUCAAGCAAAAUAUUUGCAUAAGGGCGACCAGGCGGGCGAAAUCCCUGAAAAGUCCAAGCCCUAA